AUGGUCACUAUGACCACGUACCGCCAUCACGGCAUUUCUGCCGCCCAAGUGGUUGCUAGGCGACAAGUUCGCAUGCAUCUGAGAAAGAUCAGGGAAAGGGAGUAUUCGAAACUACGGGCUUUGGUGCCGUCUGUAGCUGCACAGAAAAAAGUUACCAAGGUUCAGGUGAUUGAAGAGGCGGUCAGGUACAUUGAGGAGCUGCAUGCCACCCUCUUGGAGAGGUUCAGACAACAGCACGAAACGGUCAGAACGUUUGUGAGUCGAAUGAUGACCCAGACUUCAAGCUCUGCUCCGGCUGCCCCGGACAACAGCUCCGUCCCUCCUUUUGUCAAGAGGUCAUCUAGUACCUUCGAGAAACAGAGGAGCCAACCCACAUUCCUUCUGAGGAAGAGACGAAAGAUUUAG